UCUUUUGAUUAUCUUCUCUGUUUUAUCAUUCUUUCCGGAUUUCAUAGACUUCUUUUGUGAUUAUCCAUUCUUCAAUGAUUCUUCUUUCACUCGUGUACAUCCUUCAUGUUAGAUCAAUAAAUUUUACAGGAUCUUGAUUUCUGCUUUUGUUUACCAGUUUAGCCAAUUCUAGAGCGCCAUGGCAGAAAUGGCAAAGCACAGGGUGAAUGGUGACGUCGGUUGUGGUUUUAUGGGAGGGAUCUUCCAACGCCGGAGCUUCUGGCCGAGAAGAACUUCUGUGUAUUCACUACCGCCGAACAGUGGCAACGAUAUAUUGAGGGUACCGAGUACUGAUAGUUCCAAGAGGCAGAGAAGCAGCUCCGGCGAGUCUGCUCGCAUAGCAUCCAAUUCACGCAACACUGCACCAAAAAUCAAUGAACAAUCCUCGACGAACUGUGUCUCGGUCCAUCCCAGGCCUUCAACUUCUCACAGAAGAGUUCGAGGUCGAAGACUUUCCGAUGCUGCAAGAAGUUCGACAUCAUCUUCCACUAGUUUAAGCCAGAGAAAGAUGUCCAAAUCCCCGGACUCGGGCGACGAAAGAAAGCCAACGAGAGAGUCCUCUGGCAGCUCCACGGAGAUUACUAGGAUGAUCACAACUGAUUCCCAGCAAUUAUGUGAAAGCAAAGCCCUCGUUCGAGCAACCUCAAGCAAUGUAAUGCUUUUAGGCCACGUGGGCAACUUGAGGCAACCAGGGCCUGGGAAGUUGCAAGGAAAUAACAGUCCCAAUGCCACUGUCAAGACCGAGGGUUACCUAUCUAGAAAUCUUCAAGAGAGAAGCUCCAUGACUAAGCCCAAAAAUGGCGUCGGGAAAAUCGGCUGCAAUGCUAUUAUGGGCAACAUUGUAAGGAAGAAUAGUGACGAAUUUAGACAGUUUGGAGGUGUGGUGAAUAAAUUCAAUCCUGAGACGUUCAAGGGCAUGGGAAACGAGGCCUAUAAGCAGGGCAGAUUUGAAGAGGCAUUAGCUUUAUAUGAUCGAGCAAUCGCUCUCGAUUCAAACAAGUCAUCCUAUCAUUGCAACAGGAGUGCCGCUUUGAUAGGUCUAGGCCGGAUUGUGGAGGCCAUCUUGGAAUGCAAAGAAGCUAUUCUAAUCGAGCCUUCAUAUCACAGAGCUCAUCAUCGUCUGGCAAAACUAUAUCUCAGAGUUGGAGAAACAGAGAAAGCGAUACAUCACUACAAACAUUCAGGCGCCUAUGCUGACUUAGAAGACAUAGCCCAAGCUGAGACUGUUCGAAAGCACCUCAGCAGGUGCAUCUCAGCUGCCAAGUUAAAAGAGUGGAUUACUCUGCUAAACGACACCCGGUCUGCAAUAUCCUACGGUGCUGACUCAGCACCACAGGUCUACGCCCUACAAGCAGAGGCAUUGCUGAGCCUUUGUAGACAUGAAGAGGCCCAGGCUACCUAUCAGAAAGGACCGAACUUCAAGACUGAUUUUUGUAUAAAAUUAUUUGGGCCCUCGUACAGUGCUUACAUCAUGAUGAUUGAGGCACGGGUUUUGUUGGCAGCUGGCAGGUUUGAUGAUGCUAUGGCAGCAUCUCAACAUGCAGCUAGACUUGAUCCAAGCAACAAGGAGGUGAAUGACGUGGUAAAGAGAGCAAGAGCAGUGACAUCAGCUCGAUUGAGUGGUAACCUGCUCUUCAGAGCAUCAAAAUUCUCAGAAGCAUGUCUUGUAUACAGUGAAGGACUAGAGAAUGAUCCAUAUAACUCGAUUCUGCUAUGUAACCGAGCAGCCUGUCGAUCCAAGCUAGGUCAAUAUGAGAAAGCCGUUGAAGAUUGCACAUCAGCUCUUAACGUGUGGCCUUCUUACAUAAAGGCCAGGCUACGAAGGGCAGAUUGCAAUGCCAAGUUGGAAAGAUGGGAAGUUUCUGUUCAAGACUACGAGAUGUUGAUAAGAGAGACUCCUGCGAAUGAGGAGGUGGGCAGGGCCCUGUUCGAGGCACAGGUUCAGCUUAAGAAGCGACGAGGUGAAGACAUUAAAGACCUAAAAUUUGGUUCAAAUUUGAUUUUCAUCAACAGUAAUGAACGGUUCAGACACUUCAUAACCUCACCCGGGAUGUCCGUGGUGCUGUUUUGCAAGAAAACGAACCACAAGCAAGUGUUGCAUGUACUGGAGCAAGUUUGCAAGAAAUUCCCAUCUAUUCAUUUCCUCAAGGUUGAGAUCGAAGACCAUCCCUACUUAGCAAAAUUAGAGAGUGUGGUCUCCAUUCCGGCUUUUAGAAUAUAUAAGAAUGGAGCAAAGGUGAAAGAGGUUCCAGGCAAUGACCGUGAAAUGUUAGAAACUUCAGUCAAAUUGUACAGCAGUUGAUCAAGAUAUAUAAUUUUGUGGACAGGCAUGAAACAUGGCAUUUUACAAUCAAUGAAGGAAGGAAAUUAAGCCGAGACCCCAUCGUGUUGAAAUAAAUUGGCUUAAUUGAAAAGGCUCUAUUACUUUGCCGGCAUUGCACACAAAGUAAAAUUAGGGAAUCGGCUCGGCGAUAAACUAAGAUGAAUGAAUGGAGGAGAAACUUUA